CUGAUCCUAAUAUGGAAUUCAGCAGGAAACCCAUGAUUUCCUGACACACAGCAAGCUGGAGAAAGAAAGGAAAAACUCCAUUAAAAACCUCCAGGCUCUCCUCCAUGUUAGAAGUGAAAUGGAAAAUGGAGUGGAUUUAACAGGAGCUCCUGAUUCCUGCGUCCAAGCUGGAGAAAGGGAGACGCGAAUCAGAGCCGCAGGCUGCUGAUAUUUUUGAAGUCGCAGUAAAUACUGAGAACUGCCGGGCAGGAUGAGGAUUUCCUGACUGGGACAAACGAAACAGGACAGAUCACUUUUUUAUGGUAUUUCUCUCUACAUAUUUAAUUUAUUUACCUCGAUGAUUCUCUUGACUGAUCUGGUAAUUGUUAGAAGCGGCUGUGACAGCCUGGAAACAUUAGUAUGAUUUCCUGAGUUUGAGAUUUGCUGCUCGUUCCCCCCCCCACCCCCCCCAACUCCAAACUCAGGAAAAGUCAAUACAAUCGCACUUCAUUUUUCCUUCAUGUGCACUUGGAAGUCCUGGGAGCAGCAAGAGCAGCGGCAGCAGCAGCAGCAGCAGCAACAGCAAGAAUGAACUGCAAGGAAGAAAAUGACAACUGCACUGAUGGGAGCAGGAAUAACACCAAGAAGAUGUUAAAAUGCGUGGUGGUUGGGGAUGGUGCAGUUGGGAAAACCUGCUUGCUGAUGAGUUAUGCCAAUGAUGCCUUCCCAGAGGAGUAUGUCCCCACUGUGUUUGACCACUAUGCAGUAACAGUGACUGUGGGAGGACAACAACACUUGCUGGGACUCUAUGACACUGCAGGGCAGGAGGACUACAACCAGCUGAGACCCCUGUCCUACCCCAACACAGACGUGUUCCUGAUCUGCUUCUCGGUGGUGAAUCCUGCCUCCUACCACAAUGUCCAGGAGGAGUGGGUGCCUGAGCUGAAAGUCUGCAUGCCCAACGUGCCUUACGUCCUCAUAGGAACACAGAUUGAUCUCCGGGAUGAUCCCAAAACUUUGGCACGGCUGCUUUACAUGAAGGAGAAACCCCUCACCUACGAGCACGGAGUGAAGUUAGCAAAGGAGAUUGGAGCACAGUGCUAUCUGGAGUGCUCAGCCCUCACACAGAAAGGCCUUAAGACUGUCUUUGACGAGGCAAUCAUGACCAUUUUCCACCCCAAGAAGAAGAAGAAGCGCUGUGCAAAGUGCCACAGAUGCUGCACCCUCGUGUGAAGUCGCUUGGAAAGCGAAGCGAGCUGAGUUCAAUGAAACCAAACAGGUUAAAGCGGCAACGAAGGUCACAUGCAACUGAAAUGGGGAACAUGACCAGAAAAGGGUCCUUCUUACCCAAACACAGGAGCCCUCCAUUCUGUGAAACCUCCAAGCUGUAUCACACUAGGCCAACUCAUGUCUCUGUGCUUUCCUAACCCUCCAGAGCUGUAUGUAGCCUGUUCCCACUACUACAGACUGAACCGAGUCCACAGAAACCAGGAUGCCUGCUCCUGCUUGGCUCUUCACCUUGGGCAUAAGGUGAAGGUGGCAUGUGGG